AUGCUGUUGCUACUGUCGCUGCUGCCUCUCCUGCCACCGCCGCUGCUGCCGCCGCCGCCGCCUCUGGUCUUGCUUUUGCUUUUACUUCUCCUGCAUGACAGUUGUUUUCUUCCUCUAAGCAGACACCAGCUUCAGACGCUUGAGGUGAGAAACAUGCCUUUCAGUUUGGGAUACUGGUUUACUUAAUCAGCUAGGCAUCGGCUGCCUUCCUAUUUUGGUUCCCUGCCUUCUUGACCAACCAGGAUGGUUUGGAAAAGCAUUUGAAAGAACUGGAAAAGUGUCCCAGAAACAACAGCUCAAGA